GUGACAUCACUCAGAAAGGAUAUGAAAAGAAAAGGGCAAAGCUGCUGGCUCGUUGUAUUCCACUUAUUCAAGGAAAUCUUUGGAUGGAAAUUGUCUUCACAGGCAAGUUUGUAGACCUGGAAGCUAGGAAAGAAAAGAAGUGACAAGUGUGAUUGGCUCCCCCAGUAGCUGGAUGGCAGCUCUGUAGUGUGCACAGUGAAGCACUGCUCCUCAGCAGAGAAAUUGGCAAAAUUCUAAAAUUUUUUCUAACACCUGGUGCUGACAAAGAUGUGAGGAAAUGGCUCUUGCAUUCAUUGCUGGAGUAGACCCGUGCCUACAAGCAGAGAAUAGAAUCCCUGGUCCUUCUCUGUCUACAGCUAUACCCAAACCACAGAGGUCUCGGCUUACCAAUUCAAGGGAUGAGCGUUUCCGAUCAGAUGUUCACACUGAAGCCGUGCAAGCAGCUUUGGCCAAAUAUAAGGAGAGAAAGAUGCCUAUGCCUUCCAAAAGACGGUCCGUCCUUGUGCAUUCAUCUGUGGAAACCUACACCCCUCCAGACACGUCAUCUGCCUCAGAAGAUGAGGGCUCUUUACGGCGACCCGGGCGACUCACCACACCGCUCCAGAGCCAUCCCAGCGUCGAGCCCUGGCUCGACCGGGUCAUUCAGGGCUCGUCCACCUCAUCCUCUGCAUCCUCCACCUCAUCUCACCCGGGAGGGAGACUCGCUGCCGUGCCCAGCGCCACCACCACUGCACUUGCAGGCCUCUCAGCCCACGCUCAUCUAGCAGAUCUGCACCCUGCACCUCCUGAUGUCACCACUGGGCUUGUGGAACCCUCACACUAUGAGCGUCCUCAGGUGGCUUCUGUGAGAGGUAUUCCUCGGGGGUAUAGCCGGAACAUCCUGGAAACUGCAGAUGGUGUCCCUGUGAACAGCAGAGUGUCCUCCAAAAUCCAGCAGCUGUUGAACACUUUGAAGAGGCCAAAACGCCCUCCUCUGAAGGAGUUCUUCGUGGAUGAUUUUGAGGAGUUGUUGGAAGUUCAACAACCAGAUCCAAAUCAGCCCAAACCUGAGGGAGAUCAAAUGGCAGUGCUAAGAGGGGAACCUCUGGCAGUGGGGACUCCCUGGCCCCCCACUCUACUGGCUGCCCUGCAGCACUGGGGCACAACGCAGCCCAAGGCCCCCUGUCUGACUGCCUUGGAUACCACAGGAAAGGCCACCUGCACCCUCACCUAUGGCAAACUUUGGAGUCGGAGUUUAAAACUAGCUUAUACUCUGCUCAAUAAACUGACUAGUAAAAAUGAACCACUACUUAAGCCUGGAGACAGAGUGGCGCUUGUGUUUCCAAAUAGUGAUCCUGUGAUGUUCAUGGUUGCAUUUUAUGGAUGUCUUCUGGCGGAGUUGGUUCCUGUCCCAAUAGAAGUACCAUUAACAAGAAAGGAUGCUGGCAGCCAACAGGUUGGGUUCCUGCUGGGUAGCUGUGGAGUCACCCUGGCCCUGACCACUGAUGCUUGUCAGAAGGGUCUGCCCAAGGCACAGACUGGAGAGGUGGCAACUUUCAAAGGUUGGCCCCCGCUUUCUUGGUUGGUGAUUGAUGGGAAGCAUCUGGCCAAGCCCCCCAAGGACUGGCACCCUCUAGCCCAGGACACGGGGGUUGGAACUGCCUACAUUGAGUAUAAGACAAGCAAAGAUGGCAGCACAGUAGGGAUCACGGUGUCCCACGAGUCCCUGCUGGCUCAGUGCCGAGCUCUGACCCAGGCCUGUGGGUACUCAGAAGCUGAAACAUUAACAAAUGUAUUGGACUUCAAAAGGGAUGCUGGUCUGUGGCAUGGAGUGUUAACAAGCGUCAUGAACAAGAUGCAUGUGGUCAGCAUUCCAUAUGCACUGAUGAAGGUUAACCCCCUCUCCUGGAUUCAGAAAGUGUAUUCCUAUAAAGCUCAGACAGCACUGGUGAAGUCCCGCGACAUGCACUGGUCUCUUCUGGCUCAGCGAGGUCAAAGGGACGUCAGCCUCAGUUCUCUGCGCAUGCUGAUUGUGGCUGAUGGUGCAAACCCAUGGUCAAUAUCCUCCUGUGAUGCCUUCCUCAACGUUUUCCAGUCCAGAGGUCUGAGACCAGAGGUCAUCUGUCCUUGUGCCAGUUCCCCUGAAGCGCUAACAGUUGCCAUCCGCAGGCCACCAGACCUGGGAGGACCUCCUCCAAGGAAAGCUGUACUUUCAAUGAAUGGCCUGAGCUAUGGUGUGAUCAGAGUUGACACAGAGGAAAAGCUGUCCGUCCUAACUGUUCAAGACGUUGGCCAGGUGAUGCCUGGAGCUAGUGCAUGUGUUGUGAAGGUCGAAGGCACUCCUUACCUUUGUAAAACCGACGAAGUUGGGGAGGUCUGUGUCAGUUCCAGUGCAACUGGGACCGCGUACUACGGAUUGCUUGGAAUCACAAAGAAUGUUUUUGAGACUAUCCCGGUCACUGUGGGAGGAGCUCCUGUCUCUGAGCGGCCUUUCACCAGGACGGGCCUGCUGGGCUUCAUUGGGCCUGAUAACCUGGUCUUCAUUGUGGGCAAGCUGGAUGGGCUGAUGGUUGUGGGAGUCCGAAGACACAGUGCAGAUGACGUUGUGGCCACCGCCCUGGCUGUGGAGCCCAUGAAGUUUGUCUACAGAGGCAGGAUUGCUGUGUUCUCUGUGACCGUGUUGCGUGAUGACAGGGUUGUCUUGGUGGCUGAGCAACGGCCAGAGGCAUCUGAAGAGGACAGCUUCCAGUGGAUGAGCCGAGUGCUCCAGGCCAUCGACAGCAUCCAUCAGGUAGGGGUGUACUGCCUGGCCUUGGUUCCUGCCAACACCUUGCCCAAGGCUCCUCUUGGAGGGAUUCACAUUUCUGAAACCAAACAGCGCUUUCUGGAAGGGACACUGCACCCAUGUAAUGUGCUGAUGUGCCCUCACACCUGUGUCACCAACCUCCCCAAACCACGUCAGAAACAGCCAGAGGUUGGACCAGCCUCAAUGAUCGUUGGGAAUCUGGUUGCUGGGAAGAGAAUUGCCCAGGCCUCUGGGAGAGAGCUGGCCCACCUGGAGGACAGUGACCAGGCUCGGAAGUUCCUCUUCCUGGCUGAUGUGUUGCAGUGGCGGGCUCACACUACUCCUGACCAUCCGCUGUUCCUGCUGCUGAAUGCCAAGGGCACAGUCACCAGCACUGCCACCUGUGUCCAGCUGCACAAGAGGGCUGAAAGGGUGGCAGCUGCUCUGAUGGAGAAGGGGAGACUGGAUGCUGGGGAUCAUGUGGCUUUGGUCUAUCCCCCAGGGGUAGACCUCAUUGCUGCAUUCUAUGGCUGCCUGUAUUGUGGCUGUGUGCCUGUUACUGUGAGGCCUCCACACCCCCAGAACCUAGGUACCACUCUGCCCACUGUGAAGAUGAUUGUAGAGGUCAGCAAGUCUGUUUGCGUUCUCAGCACCCAGGCCAUCACACGGCUGCUCAAGUCCAAGGAAGCAGCCACUGCUGUGGAUAUCAGGACCUGGCCAACCAUCCUAGAUACAGAUGACAUACCAAAAAAGAAAGUAGCUAGCAUUUUCCGACCACCCUCUCCAGAUGUACUUGCCUACCUGGACUUCAGCGUGUCAACCACUGGGAUCUUGGCAGGAGUGAAGAUGUCUCAUGCAGCCACAAGUGCCUUGUGCCGCUCCAUAAAGCUGCAGUGUGAACUGUACCCCUCUAGACAGAUUGCCAUCUGCCUGGACCCCUACUGUGGCCUGGGCUUUGCAUUAUGGUGUCUUUGCAGUGUCUACUCAGGACACCAGUCAGUGCUGGUGCCCCCGCUGGAGCUGGAGAGUAAUGUGUCCCUGUGGCUGUCAGCUGUCAGCCAGUAUAAGGCCCGAGUUACCUUCUGCUCCUAUUCGGUGAUGGAGAUGUGCACCAAGGGCCUGGGCACACAGACGGGUGCCCUCCGCAUGAAAGGGGUGAACCUGUCAUGUGUGCGCACCUGUAUGGUGGUAGCUGAGGAGCGACCCAGAAUCGCACUGACACAGUCCUUUUCCAAGCUCUUCAAGGACCUGGGCCUCCCUGCUCGUGCUGUGAGCACCACUUUUGGGUGCAGGGUCAAUGUAGCCAUCUGUCUCCAGGGCACAGCUGGCCCAGACCCCACAACUGUCUAUGUGGACAUGCGGGCCCUACGCCAUGACAGGGUUCGUUUGGUAGAACGGGGUUCUCCGCAUAGUCUGCCAUUGAUGGAGUCUGGAAAGAUCCUCCCUGGGGUAAAGGUCAUCAUCGCACACACUGAGACCAAAGGGCCCCUUGGAGACUCACACUUGGGUGAGAUCUGGGUGAGUAGCCCACACAACGCCACUGGGUACUACACAGUCUACGGAGAGGAGGCCCUUCAUGCUGACCACUUCAGCGCCCGGCUGAGCUUUGGAGACACUCAGACCAUCUGGGCAAGGACAGGCUACCUUGGCUUCCUGCGCAGGACCGAGCUUACUGAUGCCAGUGGAGAGCGACACGAUGCACUGUAUGUUGUUGGUUCUCUGGAUGAAACACUCGAGCUGAGAGGGAUGCGAUACCACCCCAUUGACAUCGAGACCUCUGUGAUCCGAGCACAUAGGAGCAUCGCAGAAUGUGCCGUGUUCACCUGGACCAACCUGCUUGUGGUGGUGGUGGAGCUGGAGGGGCUGGAACAGGAUGCCUUGGACCUGGUGGCGCUGGUGACGAAUGUGGUGCUGGAGGAACACUACCUGGUAGUGGGUGUCGUGGUCAUUGUAGACCCUGGUGUCAUCCCUAUCAACUCUCGGGGCGAGAAGCAACGCAUGCACCUGCGGGAUGGCUUCCUAGCUGACCAGCUGGACCCCAUCUAUGUGGCCUACAAUAUGUGAAUGCAACUGGACAGACCUGAGCCUGGGCACCAGGGAAGGAGGUGCUGCACCAAUCCCCACCCCGGGAGAAGGGGCCCAUGCCUCCUCAGCACUGCGUUUACCAACCGCAACAGUACCCAACUCCAACUCUCACUUUAGAAAGUACUUCCUUACAGAAGUAUUUUAGAUCAGCCAAGUACAUUUUAAAAAAUCCCUGGAAGCCAGAAAAAAUGGGAUGACUGGGAAGGAGAGCAAAGGCCUGGCAUGGCACUAUAAGGAGUCACUGCUUACUGUAGCCAUUCUCUGCUGUACUGCAAGCUUGCACUUUUUUAGGCUAAAGUUAUAAUAUCUAAUUUUUGAAGUUCAAUGGGGCAUCCCUAUUUGAAAUGACAGGGUCAUACGUAGGAUCUAUGCUGGAGAGAACUGCAAGGCCACAGCCCACACAGCUGCCUCACUUCUGAUGUACAACCAGCAAGUGUGAUGGAAAGAGGGCUGCCUCACUCUCAGUCCUUCUUCUUUGCCAGUUUCAUUAUUGAAACAGGUGUCUCAGUUGUUUGCAUAUGUUGUCACUCAUACUCGUAAGUGCCAUUUUGGACUGCCAAGUUAUUAGAUUGUUUCAGAAAGAAACCAGCAUUUGGUUUAAAACCACUCCUGUUUAUAACUCAAAGCUAUUUAGUUAAACUGCUAAUUUUCAUAAUGUCACAUGUUAAUUCUUCUCAUGGACAUGUACUGAAUUAUUACUUUCAUUUCAGGUGAGCAGAUCUGAAAGCUGGAGUGGCAAUCUAAGGCCUGCAGCCUGUGUGCAGUCUGUGCCUCCUGCACCAGUGGACUGCACUGGGGUGGCCCCAGCCUCAUUGGCCUUUGCACUUUGAGUUGUAUGCCUAUAAAAUAUGGCCAAAACAUUUUCACUUACUUUAUUCAAAUAUAGGUUAAUCUGAGUGAUAUAGUAUUAUGCUGAACCUGAAUCAAAGAAGAGAAUAUAAAAUCCUUUAAAUACAUCUAAGGAUUUGAAGUCUAGCAUGAAUCUAAGAGAUUAUUUUUAUAUAGCUAAUUAAAGAAUGUGUUAUGAAGUUUUGGGGUUUGGGGGAGAUAGAAGGUAAAGAAGUGUAUGAAUCAUGCAUGUUUCCCAGAAAUAGCCAGUUGGUUUUGAAAAUUGGCCUGAAUCAGUGCCUAAUAACCUGCUAUCAGUUCUUCACAGUGAGUCCAGCUGCCUGGGCCAACUCCUUUUUUCCUGUCUGUCGUCUGGCUCAGGUAGCACUGUGCGUAGUAGUGCUGUUUGCCCAUGGUGUUGAACUGUGGUUUAGUGUGUGCAGCAUUCUGGAAGUCUAAUGAUCCUAUUGUAAUUAUGUACAGACACUUGUGUAACUUAUUAUUUGGCAUCCAGAGGUUUCAGCAGUGGAUUAAUAGAUGUUCUUUACAAUUGAAUGAUUGAGAAGGGAACAAAACUACCUAACCCAUUCUCAAUGUUGUAGUUUUAUAGCAAACAAAAAUUGGGAGCUUUUUGUAGUAAAAGGCCAAUGGCAGUAAGACAAGGUAUCUGCUAAGUUAAGACUUAAGAAGUAUAUUAAAAUGUUUUAAGACUACUCUCUCUGGGAAUUCUGUAUAUCACACUAGUUUUUUUAUAUUGGUAUGUUAAUAAAAGCUAUUAAAUUGUUUGUA